AUGAGGAGAUCCAUAUCCACCAUUGCCUCAUGCGCCGGGCCCCGUAGCCCAAUAGGAGGAUGUCUACAAGCUCCCCUCCGAGGCCGGAUCCUUCGGUACAUUAGGUACCAGAGCACCGUACCGGCCAAGCCCUCCCCUCUAGCUGGAGUUCGGGUCCUUGACCUCACCCGAGUGCUCGCUGGGCCAUAUUGCACACAAAUACUAGGGGAUUUAGGUGCGGAUGUCAUCAAAAUCGAGCAUGUCACUAGAGGUGAUGAUACCCGAGCCUGGGGGCCACCAUAUGCGCCGCGAAAGGAUGGAAAAUCUGGACCCGGUGAAAGCGCAUACUUUCUUGCGGUGAACAGGAAUAAACGAUCGCUCGCCUUGGACUUUAAGGCAGCCGAAGGACAAGCUAUCGUCAAAGCCCUCGCGAAAACAAGUGAUGUACUAGUAGAAAACUAUCUACCUGGAACUCUAGCUAAAUACGGUCUCGACUAUGAAACCCUGAGAGCGGAGAAUAAAGGUUUGAUUUACGCAAGCAUUACGGGAUAUGGACAAACCGGCCCUUAUAGCGAUAGAGCCGGAUAUGAUGUUAUGGUUGAAGCGGAAAUGGGCCUCAUGCACAUUACCGGCGAGCGUGAUGGUUCCCCAGUCAAAGUGGGUGUCGCAGUAACAGAUCUGACAACAGGUUUAUACACUUCCAACGCCAUUCUUGCCGCUCUUUUAUCUCGCGCUUCUACUUCGCAGGGCCAACAUAUCGACAUGUCACUUUCAGACUGCCAGGUUGCAACAUUAGCUAACAUCGCAUCUUCUGUUUUGGUAUCUGGGAAACGGGAUGGAGGUAGAUGGGGGACAGCGCACCCCAGUAUUGUACCUUACGAGGCCUUCCCUACUUCCGAUGGAAGUAUUUUGUUAGGAGGAGGGAAUGAUAGGUUAUUCGGGAUUUUGUGCAAGAGGAUUGGGUACCCCGAAUGGGCUUCUGAUGAACGAUUUGUGACGAACGAGAAGAGAGUAGAGUACCGAUAUAUACUUGUUCCGAUGAUUGGAGAGGAAACAAAGAACAAGAGUACACAGGAGUGGCUAGAGAUAUUUGAGGGUAGCGGCAUGCCGUAUGCAGCAGUCAACGAUGUUUAUGACACACUACAUCAUGAUCAUGUUCUUGCUCGGGGCAUGGUGAAAGAAGUCCAUCACGAAGCAUGCGGCCCCAUCAAGCUCGUCAAUACUCCAUUUAAAUUCUCAGAUGCCGAAGUGUCGAUUCGUCACGCACCACCAACCUUGGGCGAAGACACGAGUGAUAUAUUGAAAGAAUUGGGGUUUACAUCGGACCAAAUUAACGAUCUCAAAUCUGAAGGGGUUGUCGCUUGA